GCAUCUAUGCAUGAAAACCAUGUGCCAGAGCGCAGAGAGUCACAAGAAGCAGUUUUACGCACAGCAACGCUUGUCAUUGUUGGCGCAUAUUUGUCCUGCUGAAAGACGAUAUGUUGCUGCUGAGGACUCUCGCUCCCUGCCUGCUGCUGGCUUUCCUCGGGCAGCAGGUUUCUCUCUGCUCCGGUGCGCGAUCAGCGGACAAGCAGACCGGCAGAGCGCAGCGGAGCGACAAGGGCGCAAUAUCCGGCCGAGGAAAGUUCUCCACCAAGGAAAAGAUGCAGUGCACUUGGAGCACGAGAGUCGUCGGGGACGCGGUGAGGCUGCCGGUCAGUUGUGAGAACCCGGAGGCGCGCAUCAAAGGCGGGACCACGGACCUGCAGUGUGAGUACCACGCCAAACCGGCGACGUGUCCCGGUUACCUGUCCGACCCCCGGGGCUUCUGGAAGCAGGUGGCUCGCGCGUUCAAGAAGCUCGAGAGUAAAGUGUGCAGGGACCAGCGCGCGCUGGUGAGGGCUGGUAUGUGCAAGCGCGCUCCAAAGGACGCGCACUUCAAGCUGGACAUAUCAACCUCCGUGGAAUCCGCUCAGUCCGGAGAACCGGAGCCGUCCCCGCCGCGGCCACCCCGUCCCACCCUCCUCACCAUCACUGGCAACGACACCGGACCCACAUCCUGCACGAAGCGCGCGGACCACCACAAAACGGCCGAAGAGUACUGCAGCAGCUGGGCCAGUGUGUGUUCCUUCUUCCUGUCUAUGCUACAAAGCGAGGACUGCUAGUUUCAGUGGACAUGUGGACACAUCAGGCUGAAAGCAGAACUUGGUGUCUGUUAAACUGUUGUGACACAGCAAAGGUCAACACCUCAUUUUUAAUCAGUAAUCAGAUAUUCUCUCCUCAGUGGGCAUUUUCUAGCCGUGAAUUGAAUGAUUUUUAGUUCUCACAUUCACAAAUAUUAGGGUGAGUAUUGUUAAAAUGGGACACUUGGCAAACUGGGACAUUCAACAGACACAUAACUGUUUCAGUUAGGUUGUUGUAUUUUCAUUGUGUGGUCAUUCAAAGACAAUAAAAUGUUGACAUGGCUUAUUUUCUUGAAUUUGUUUUUAAUUUUUAUGUCGAAAUAUAUGGUGUCCCAUUUUGCCAUCUGCAUUAAAAUGGUUUCAGGAAAUUGUGUUUCAGAUGGUGUCCUCAAUUCUGUGUUUGAUUUUCUUAACCUUGUCUUCUUGUAUAUUGUAGUAAGAGUGUUUUUGUUUAGAGAAUUGUAUUAAGUUGGGAGAAGAAGCUUUGGAAUGAUUCUGUAAAUGUGUCCCAUUUUACCAAUACUCAUGCUACAUGUUCAAUAUUAUUCAGGUGUGUUUAUUUACCAGGGGUUUGUCUGAAUGUGACUCAGCAAAUCUGAACUGAAGCUAUUGUUAAUGUUCUUUUAAACAUAGCAACUUAUCAGCACUAGAGGGAAGUAACACUUUCUCAAGCACUGUGUUAACAGUUUUUGGCCUGCUUGUGCUUCACUUGAGUAUAUCGGUUCUAUUUCAUCUGUUCUUCAACAGUAAAUAACAACUUUGAACUGUCUCAGCUAGUUUUUAUUCUUGGAUCUGGGAAGAGUACUCGCAAUAACACUGUAAAUAGUACACAUGUUGAUGCUUUUCCUUGUAAAGGAGUAUUUCAAUAUUACACUACAAGUGUUCUUCCACCGAUGUUUAUUACACAGAGCUGUUUAUCAUGCAGAGUGGUAUAUCCUCUACCUCUAGUCAUCUAUCAGUCACUAAAAGCACCACUGUAUUUAUGCAUCACAAAUAAAUGUUUUCUAUUUA